AUGCCUACUCACGUAAACGGCCACUCUGAAUACGCCAUGCCGAACGGACCCGACAUGGCUGCUUCAAUGAAGAAGGGGAAGCAGAGGAAGGCGGUCGACAAUAACGACACAACCCGACUCCUCCAAGCCCGCAUCUCGCAGCUGGAACAGGACGCCGCUGGGGAGAAGGACCAGGAAGCCGAAAUCGAGAGAGAAGUCAAGCGGGCGAACCGUGAUCUUAUGCACCAAAUGGCCAAGAUGCAAGACCCCGGUGACAAAAUCGAUUUCUUGCUCCGCAAAUCGAGCGAACUCCUAGCCGAGAUGCGACGGGUUGAGCGGGAAAACCAAAAGAAUAAGAAGAGGGGUGAUGCUCUUCAGAAAGAGAAGGAUGCCAACCGUACAGAGCUCGGGAAGACCGUCACGCUAAAAGAGAAGUUGGAGAAACUCUGCCGUGAACUGCAGAAAGACAACAACAAGCUCAAGAGUGAAAACAAGACCCUGAGUGAUACUUUGAAGCAUAGCGAUGCUGCUUGGGAUGAGAAACUCGCGACGGUCCUGUCCAAGCUUGAUGGAUACCAAGACGCUAAAGACAAUCCUGGAAGGCCCUCGGUUGAUACCGAGCUAGAUGAACUCUUCCGUGUUCGGUUUAAGACGUUUAUCGACCAGUACGAGCUCCGAGACGUCCAUUACCAGGCAUCCAUGCGAAGCAAGGAACUUGAAGUUCAAUAUCACAUGAGUCGGUACGAGCGGGAGCGAAAACGUGCCGAGGGAGAGAACGGGAAGUCCCGCCACCUCGAAUCCCAAGUUCAGACUUUUACCAAGACGGAGGCGGACCUUAGGAGCCAACUCAACGUCUACGUAGACAAGUUUAAGCAGGUCGAGGAUACUCUUAACAACAGUAAUGACCUCUUCCUGUCGUUCCGCAAGGAAAUGGAGGACAUGUCGAAAAAGACGAAGCGUCUCGAAAAAGAGAACGAGACGUACAAGCGCAAACAUGACGCCACCAACGCAAAUAUCUUUCGAAUGGCAGAGGAGCGUGAAGAGGCGAAGAAGCGCGAAGAGGAGAGCUCCAAGAAGAGCGAGAAACUGAUGAGCAUCAUCCGCACCAUGCAACAACAGGGUCGCAAGAUGCCACCAGGGGCCGCAGAGAUUCUAGAGAGCUGCGGUUCAUCAUCGGGCGGUCACGGUGAGAGUGAGUACUCCAACGAAGAUGACCCAGAAGAUGAUGAGGACGAGGAUGAAGAGGAGGAAGAGAGCGAAGACUACGAGGAUGAGGAGAGCGAGGAGGACGGCCUCCCCGCGGCAGGCAACGCCCGUAAUGUCGCGUCUGCUCCCCGGCCCCCGCAGCGCCUACCGUUGCUCAAAGGCUAG